CCUUCUACCGGGACUUGGAUAUGCGGAUAGUCGUGGUCGAGGUUCCAAGUUUAUCCGACACACCUGUUUCAUCUGCUGCAUUCGUAUCAUGGUUCAUAUUUACUUGCAUACAACCAAAGGUUUAAACAGGUUGCACGUAUAAUACGAAACAACAGUUAUCGCGUUGAUGAAAUAGAAAAAUGAUUAAGAUUUUUAUAAACGGUGUGACUACGUAUACAAUUAAUAAAUGAUAACAGUUAAGGAACGUUGAAUAAUUCAAGGAGUGCCUAUCAAAUGAAUGAAACAGUUAAUUAGCGAAACAAUGAAUAAAGCGAACAUUUGUACGCUCCAGUAUUUGAGAAAUAAUACACGUGCAUGAUAUACCAAUGAAUACGAGAUUUGUGAUCAAAUCGUAGAGACUCGUGGACAGAUAAAUAUGGCGCAAAUACAAACUCCUGGUGCCGAGGGAUUGCCGAAACACUUUGUCGCUGCUAUGCGCACGCUGUUCGAUAUAAUGGAUGAUCAAAACACAGGUUUCGUUAAAUUCUCAGACAUUGAGGCUAGAUGGCAAGACGAUGGGACGCAAGGUCUUCCGAAAGGUGUUCUGGAUAGUCUUAAGCAGGUCACACCGUCCAAUGGGUUGUUGUCUUUCGAAAGAUUUUGUACAGGACUCAAGAUAUGUUUGAUACAAAUUCAAGCUGAGAGUGACUCAAAGAAGCACGACGGUCAACCAAACAGGCCACCCUCCGCACCCAUUCUUAUACCAGAUAAUCAAAACAAAACGACAUGGACGUCCCCAAAUACUGCGACCAUUAGACCAAAUAAUGCUAUAUCUCAGCAACGUACUUUAAGCAUGCCACAGUUGUUAGCAGGUCGAAAAGAUGUUAAUCACGGGCAAUUAGAACUGAUGGACGGACGAAACGGGGCUGAGUCAAAGUUAAAUAAAACGUAUGGGCCUCCCAAACCUCCGAGAAUGGGUGCUGCGUUAGAAGGCAGGACCAUUAACGCCGAUAGGAACUUUGACAAGUCGGAAAUUCGAACUGUGUUGCAAAAUUGGCAGAUGGGCUUGUUGAUGAACGAUGACAAAGCUCUAGAGAAACGGCAAUUACCAGCGGUGAAUUAUAGAUCCGAUGCUAGAACGUUAUUGAGACCGGCUCGAGUAAUGGGAGACGGUAAAGCCGUCGAUUUACAGAGUAAUCAAGUCGGUUUACAGCCAAAGAAACUAUUGAACAGACGCAGAGAACCUAGGCGUCACACGUUGCAGAAUGGUAUUGAUUAUAAUAUGAUGAAAAGGAUGAAACAAAUCGAACAAGAAAAAGAUGUGCUACUGCAAGGCUUAGCCGCAGUUGACAAAGCUAGAGAAUGGUAUUUGAAACAGAUUUCUGCUACUCAAGAAAAGAUCAAACAUCUCGGACGUAUGGGAUCUCACGUGGAACAAUGGACAGAAGCUCAACAAGAACGUUUAGAAUUGCAACGUGCUAGAGUGCUGGAAGUCAAUAGACACCUGGCUGCGUUGAUAAGUAGCUGGGAACGCGGCGGGCUUCCUCUGCACAUGAAUCUCGCUUUUCUCAGCACCCCGACGUCAACGCAACUUCAACAAGACAUACUGUCCAGACUGAAACAGCAGAACCAUAGAUUGACAGAGGAGGUCAGUAAAAAGAGUCAGAGGAUCGCGCUACUUGAACAAGAGAAAGACAAUCUAGUACGGGAAUUGUACAAUAGACAAGGAGAGAUGGUUCAAUCCAGGAGGGCCACGAUGAUUCACGAACAGCACGAUCAAACGUUCAUGUAAGAAUUUGAUUAAUCAAGAAGACUUGCCGUCGAAGACGAUACAAGUGCAUUAAAAGAUAAAACUAAUUAAUUAGUUGUUACAUAAACUUCAAUUUAUAUUUGUAAAGUAUUUUUGUAACAUUCCUAACGCGAAUGCUCCGACUUACGAUCCGUCCACAAUAAUCGAAAGAUUAUACUCUUUUUCCAAUAAAUUAUUGUAAUUAUUAAA